AGGAGGAGAUAUUUUAUUUAUGCUCUCCACACUCCAUGAAUUCACUUGCUGGGCUUAAAAAGGAGGUGGGUUUAUUUGCUGUGUGCACACAGAAUAAGUUUGUGAAAGCCUAGUUGUAUUAGAGAAUCCCAUAUAUCUAAUUAGACCAUUUGUCCUAAGUUCAUAUACUGGAAUGGCUUGGAUUGGUUCACCAGAUGGGAACUUCUCCUUAUUUCAAGAAGGUGAUCAUGAAUGGAACUACAGUUACGAUGAUGAUUCUCUUGUUGGGUAUCAAUGCUUGUAUUCUCCAUCAUUUGAUGGCAGGGUUGGAACUCCUCUAACUUACCCACCAGUCUCAGUAGGCCCAAUAACUAAUGAUAUGAGUGGGGUGAUGAAUAGUGUUGAUGAUCCAGACUGCCAUUCAAUUGGUGCAGGUUUAGUGUCUCCCUUUAUUAAUGGUAGAGAGCACAAUUCAUUCCAGACACAGCAAAAAACUGGAGGUAAGUGUUAUUUUGAUGGAAUUAUUGGAGAAUACUGUUCUGAGGAUGCCAAGGACAAGAAGCACAGUGAUUUUGGCAAAUUUGGCUUUGGAGUAGGAGCCAAUAAUGGUGAUAAGCAUGAUGGCAUGGCUGUGAGAAAUAAGAGAGUGAAGAAGAAUGCCCAUGAUUCUCCUGCUAAGAAUCUCAUGGCAGAGAGGAGGAGGAGGAAGAAGUUGAAUGAUCGACUGUACAUGCUUCGUUCGGUAGUUCCUAAGAUCUCUAAGAUAGACAGGGUCUCAAUUUUAGCAGAUGCUAUUGAGUAUUUGAAAGAGCUUUCACAAAGUAUCAGUGAACUGUAUAAUGAGCUCAUGCAACCUUCAGAGAUUCCUUAUCUGCCUUGUUCCUUCAGGUUCCAGCCCUUGACAAAUACACAUUCUUCUUUUCCCUACAGAGACAAGGAGGACUACAAUAUUUUGGUGCCUAAACCUGAUGCACUACAAGCAAAUGUAGAAGUGAGGAUAAAACAAGGGAAGGCCUUGAAUAUUCACAUUUUCUGCUCGAGAAAGCCUGGUUUGCUUCUAUCCACUAUCAGGACUCUAGAUGGGCUUGGUCUCGACCUCAAACAAGCUGUUAUAAGCUGCUUCAAUGGCUUCACUGUGAAUGUUUUCCAAGCAGAGCAAACUAUAGGCCAAGAAAUUGCACCAGAAGUGAUUAAGGCGCUGCUGCUAUCAGAGUACUUUUAUACUCCACCAAACACACCAGAAGACUUUAUCUUAAAUUCACAUUCAGCUCCCUCUCUGCUACAGAAACAUACUAUUCCUUCCAAUUCCUUUUUGGGUCAGAACAGAAAAUAAGAGAGGACUAGGAGUUAACAUUACAUACUACCCAUGUUUGCAGUAAGUGCUGUUGGGCCAAUCUAUGUAUACAUUUAGAACAAACUUUGCUAUUUUGGUUGAAGAUUUCAUUGCAAGUCUUAACAAAUAGAUUUCAUUGCUAGUUAUGGAUUCAAUGUAACUGCCUUUUCUUUCAGUGCUAAGAAUCGUAGUUUGUUAGGUUUGGCAGGGAAAUUUUCAGUGCUAGAAGUACAAAAUGAUGGUUCUAUAAUAUUGUGGUCCAUUUCUCUUCUAUCAAAUAAUUUAUGAUUAUCCAGAGUACCUGCCCAGGUCUGUGGAUUUUGAGGAAAGGAAUAUAUAUACAGGCUCCAGUGUUUCAA